GCAGGACGGUGACCGAGGAGCCCCCGCAGCGCACUUCGUGUGACCGGACCGUGCCCCCGCCAUGGUGACGGAGCAGGAGCUGGAGGCCAUCGGCCGCGUGCUGCUGGACGCGGCGCAGCCUCUGCCCGCGCGGUUCCGGGCGCUCUUCACCCUGAGGAACCUGGGUGGCCCCACGGCCGUGCGCUGGAUCGGCCGCGCCUUCGGGGAUGGCUCGGCGCUGCUGAAGCACGAGCUGGCCUUCUGCCUGGGCCAGAUGCAGGAUGAGUCCGCCAUCCCCGUGCUCAUCCAGGUGCUGGAGGACACGGCACAGGAGCCCAUGGUCAGGCACGAAGCAGGUGAAGCCCUGGGCGCUAUUGGGAACCCCAAGGUGCUGGAUAUCCUGAGACGCUAUUCCAAGGACCCUGUGGUUGAGGUGAGGAUCCUGGGGGAUCAUUUCCUGUGGGAUGCAGCACUGCUGGUCUGGAAGGGUGAGGCAGCUCUGCCGGGGGGGUGGGUGCUGCCAUCACGGGAGGGCAUCAGAGCAAGGCUGGGCUCAAGGAGCAGGAUACCCCUUCCCACGGGGUGGGGUGGUGACCCACAGCAUCCCCCAGCUUCCUAUCGAGGCAUCUCAUCUCACUGCCCCCUCUCCCUGCCCCUCUCCGCAGGGCUGCGCUGCGGCAGCGCGCUGUUCCGCCACGAGGUCGGGUACGUGCUGGGGCAGCUGCAGGACGAGGCGUGCGUCCCUCAGCUCACGGCCGUGCUGUGCAGCCCCUCCGAGAGCCCCAUGGUGCGGCACGAGUGCGCCGAGGCGCUGGGGGCCAUCGCGCGGCCGUCCUGCCUGCGCGCCCUGCGCGCCUUCGCCGGCGACGGGGAGCGCGUGGUGCGCGAGAGCUGCCAGGUGGCCCUGGACAUGUACGAGUACGAGAACGGCGCCCAGUUCCAGUACGCCGACGGGCUCUGCAAGCUGCAGGCCUCCCCCUGAGCCUGCACGGGGGGCACCGGGGGGGACACGCUGCCCCCCGCCCCCUCCCGCUGCCGAUCGGGCUUC